AUGGCACUUUGCAUGCCGCGUUGCACAUGGACGGUUCUCUUGACGGCAUGGGUUUUUUUGUUGUUUUUACUUCUUCCUUCUCUCUUUCACAGGAUUAGCACGCAGCUGCCCAAGAGCUUGUCACCGAGUAGAAGAGUUUGCGGAGAGAGAGGGGGAAAACAGACAAAAAAAAAAAAGAGAAUUGUACCGAAACGACUAGAUUUAAAUAAGAGGAAAUUGGUGGACAGAACGAUGCUUGCUAAUAUUGGACUGGAAAGUGAAAGCCGUGUGCGUGAAAACCGCAUCCGUGGCCGGCGACAUGUUCCCCGCGAUGAGACAUUUGGGCAACAGCCAACAUACAUGACAGCACCAUUUGCCGUUCAGCAGGAACCCUUGCGGAACCCGCGUUCUACAGCAAUGCCGCUCCCGCAGGACAUUUUGAUGCCUGAAGAAAACGAAAAGGGGAGUUUUGCAUCCAAUUGUGACGUUCCGCAGCCGCAACUGGGAGAGGAACGACUCUCCAAGAGUGGAUUAAACAUUUUCUCGUGGAACACAGAGGCCCCAAAGGCUCUUCCCUCCCGUGUUCGACGGGAGCGCGAUGCGGAAGAGCUGCUUCGGCUUAAACCGCUGGACGCCGAGGUGCAGCGCGAUAUUGAGGUCCGGGAAAAAUUUGAAGGCAACACGCAUAGCCGCUUUUUGUGCUUCAGUCAGGAUGGAGAAGCCGGCAAGCAGCUGGGAUCCCGCGGAAGGGACAGAAACCGCCUGCCGCAGACGACGCUUGCUUCUGCUCCGGUGCUGGACGGAAUUUCUUGCAACCGCAAUCCAACGGGUGAUGCGGUGCCACACGGACGGAGGCGAUUCCCCCCAACCGCUUGUCCCAAUGAAGGGAUUGCUGGAUUUGCAGGAAUGGGCAUGGGCGGUUUUGGAAGGCCGCACAAACCCGUGGGAAAUGGCGCCAAUGGAUUCUGA